AAAAUGUUCCAGGUCCUCACAGUGCUAUUGUUGGAAUUGCAGCUCUCUGUGGUUUCAGCUUUAUUUACAGUUGAAGUUCCUCAACAGCUAUACAUUGUGGAGUAUGGGAACAAUGUGACCAUGGAAUGCAGAUUCCCUGUGAACGGUUCGUUAAACCUAGGACUUCUGACUGUUGUUUGGGAGCAAAAAAGGCAGAGCCAGUCAAAAUCAAAGGAGGUGUACACACUCCGCAAUGGGAAAGCAUUUCCUCCAUCCCAACACCAAGAUUACAUCGGAAGAGCAGCACUUCUGCACAGUGAACUGAAAUUGGGACGAGCUAUCCUUCAGAUCACUAGCGUGAAGAUCACAGAUGCAGGAUCUUACCUUUGUCUCAUUGACUACCAGGGCGUGGACUACAAGUACAUUACUUUGGAGGUAAAAGCACCCUACAAGAAAAUAAACACUCAAGUAAUGAGAAAACCAGGUGAAGACAAGUUUGUUUUUAUGUGUCAGUCAGAAGGCUUUCCUCUGGCAGAGGUUUUCUGGCAAAAUGAGAAGAACUUCAAUCUCAGUGGAUCUGUAAAUACCACCUAUACCAUGACCGUAGAUGGCCUCUACAAUGUCACCAGCAUCCUGACAUUCAAACCAAAUAUGAGUGAGAACUGCAGCUGUGUGUUCUGGAAUAAAGAACUAAAUGGAGAAACUUCAGCUCACAUUUCUACUUUAGCUUUAAUGAGCACACCGUACAGUGGACAAAAAUCCCUGAUCUUAUUUAUCAUCCCCACAUGUGUGAUGGUAGCUGUCCUUCCCUCUGCACUAAUAAUCUUUCAAAAGAGAAAAUCAUUCAAGAAUGGGCAAUCUAAAAAAGACAAGAGAAGAAAACUGAACCCUAACCUGAAAGACGAGAACAGAGAUGACUUUAACUCUCAAACUGAGGCUUUAUACCUGUCAACUGUCACGACUUCAAGAGACAAUGGGAGUGUGGGUCUGUGAAAACUCUUCAUAUCACAUGCUGUAAUUUGCACUUUUUGUACCUGUUUCAAAGGAAAGUUAUAGCACUUUAGGUUUGGGAUGAACAGUAAACUCAUGGGGAUUUAUUGGCACUGCAGUAAUGGAAAGUUAUGCCUCUAGAUAGCAUAUCUUGAAGUUACUGAGAAUUAUGCUAUCAUGAAAUGUGGUUUACCAUUGUGAAGAGGUUAUCUGAGUGCCUUUGAUACACUUUAGUUUUGGACUUACUGUUGUUCAAGGAAUUUUUGUUUAAGAAUGCCUUUAUUAAUUGUUACAGUCUCAGGAAUGUUGCUUGAGUUCAAACAUCUUGUGGGAAUUUGAA